AACAGAAAGGAAAUCAAAACCACCUGUCCGCCUCACCACCCAGGAACUCAGUCUCCAGGACAGCAAGAGGCUGAGAGGCUGUGGGCCUCCUCUGAUGCUCAGAUACUGAGAAGGAAGUGUCGGGUGAUGCCAAAAUGGGCAUGUGCUCCCUGAGAGACAACACCUCUUCCUUGUCCUCAGAGGAGGCUGCUGCUCACCGUCCUCUCCCGCUGUCUCUGGCAGGAUUCUGACGACCCUGCUGACACACCCGCCAUCCCUUGGACAUAGACCCUUCUAGCAGAUUACUGUCAAUGGGCUCCCGGGAGACACCUUCUUCUUGCUCGAAGGCCCUCGAAACCUUGAACCUGGAGACUUCGGACAGCUCUAGCCCUGACCCUGAGAGUCCUCUCGAAGAGCAAUGGCUGGAAUCCUCCCCAGACCCGGAGGAGGAGAACAGCAUGAAUGUGGGACCGGAAGAUUCCAAGGAACCUCUGUCCCCUUCCUCACGUCCGACAGGCAGAGAGGUCAUCAGGUACGAAGUCAAUGUGAACCAACGGAACAUCGAAGAUAUUUGCCUCUGCUGUGGGACUCUCGAGGUGUAUGCUCAGCACCCCUUGUUUGAGGGGGGGAUAUGUGUCUCAUGUAAGGACAAGUUCCUGGAGAGCCUCUUCCUGUAUGAUGAGGAUGGCCACCAGAGCUACUGCACCAUCUGCUGCUCGGGGGGUACCCUGUUCAUCUGUGAGAGCCCUGACUGUACCAGAUGCUACUGCUUUGAGUGUGUGGACAUCCUGGUGGGCCCCGGGACCUCAGAGCGGAUCAAUGCCAUGGCCUGCUGGGUUUGCUUCCUGUGCCUGCCUUUCUCUCAGAGCGGACUGCUGCAGAGGCGCAAGAAGUGGCGUCAGCAGCUGAAGGCCUUCCAUGAUCGAGAGGGGGCAAGCCCUAUGGAGAUAUACAAGACAGUGUCUGCAUGGAAGAGACAGCCAGUGAGGGUGCUGAGCCUUUUUGGGAAUAUUGAUAAAGAACUAAAGAGUUUGGGCUUUUUGGAAAUCGGUUCUGAUUCUGAGGGAGGAACACUGAAGUACGUGGAAGAUGUCACGAAUGUCGUGAGGAGAGACGUGGAGAAAUGGGGCCCCUUUGACCUGGUGUAUGGCUCGACGAAUCCCCUAGGCAACUCUUGUGACCGCUGUCCUGGCUGGUACAUGUUCCAAUUCCACCGGAUCCUGCAGUAUGCGCGGCCUCGCCAAGACAGUCAGAAGCCCUUCUUCUGGAUAUUUAUGGACAAUCUGCUGCUGACUGAGGAUGAUCAAGUGACAACUGUCCGCUUCCUUCAGACAGAGGCUGUGACCCUCCAGGAUGUCCGUGGCAGAGUCCUCCAGAAUGCUGUGAGGGUAUGGAGCAACAUUCCAGGACUGAAGAGCAAGCACUCAGUCCUGACGCCAAAGGAAGAACAGUCUCUGCAAGCCCAAGUCAGAACCAGAAGCAAGCUGCCCACCCAGGUUAACCCCCUGGUGAAGACCUGCCUUCUCCCCCUGAGAGAGUACUUCAAGUGUUUUUCUCAGAAUUCACUUCCUCUUUAGAAAUGAAUCACUGAACAAUGAAAGUCUUUCCUAGAACCAUGGCAGUUUUCUUCCUAUGGUCUGUUCCUUCUGCAGGGUUUUCUCCUAUUUGCUUGCUGGCCUUUGGGUUUCUCUCCCGUUUGAUUCCCAAGAUGCAGAUGCCCCCCGUGCAGCUCACUGUGGGGGUGGGAGGCGCCCACGGCUCUGGACAAGAUCCCGAUGGGAUAACCUGCCAUGCUUCUCCAAAACUGUGUGUACCUGUUGUGACUUUUUUUCAAAUAUAUCAUAGGAUUGUUUCUGGU